AUGAGACAAGGAGGAAAAAAGAAGCCAUUAAAAAAGCCUAAGAAGAAGGAACAAAAUCUGUCGGAAGAAGAUAAGGCAUUUAAGGAGAAGCAAAAGGAGGAGGCUAAAUUAAAGAAGCAGAUGGCGUCUAAGGCUUCUGGUCAUGGACCAAUUGUCACAGGUGGUAUCAAACAUUCUGGUAAGAAGCAUCAUUGA